GAGCCGGACGGCGCAGGUGAAGGGCGCGCGAAGCCAGCAAGCCAGCGAGAGAGACCCGGAGCUCGGACACACGGGGCCGGGGAGUCGCCAGCGCUUGGACGGCGGCGGGUCCUGCUGAGGGGCCACCCGGCUCCACUCCUCGGCUUCCCCGGCGGCAGCCCCCAUGGCGACCAAAGGACUUUAAAGGAGUUCGGGGGCUUGGUCGGCAUCUGGGCGAUUCCGGAUCCGGCGAUUCCUGCUCUCGCCGCGCCCUGUCAUUGAUGGGAAAUCAACUGGAUCGCAUCACUCACCUGAGUUACAGCGAGCUGCCGACCGGGGACCCCUCGGGGAUCGAGAAAGACGAGCUGCGCGUCGGAGUGGCUUACUUCUUCUCCGACGAGGAGGAGGAUCUGGACGAGCGAGGGCAGCCGGACAAGUACUGCGUGAAGGGCUCGAGCAGCCCGGCCCAAGAGUCCCCCACCCGCCACCACCAUCACCACCACCACACGCCGCAGCUGGUGCUGAGUGAGACUCAGUUCUCCGCCUUCCGCGGCCAGGAAUGCAUCUUCUCCAAGGUGAGCGGAGACUCCCAGACUGGAGAUUUGAGCGUCUACCCGGCGUCUUCCCUGCCCGCCCUGUGCAAGCCGGGAGACCUGCUGGAGCUGCUCUACCUGGGCCCGUCCGACCACCCUCCGCCGCCCCCGCAGUGGGCAGUCUAUGUGGGCAACGCUCAGAUCAUCCACUUGCACCAGGGCCAGAUUCGGCAGGACAGUUUGUACGAGGCGGCCGCCGGCAACGUGGGCCGGGUGGUGAGUAGCUGGUACCGCUUCCGCCCCCUAGUGGCCGAGCUGGUAGUGCAGAACGCCUGCAGCCACCUGGGUUUAAAGAGCCACGAGAUCUGCUGGACGAACUCGGAGAGCUUCGCCGCUUGGUGCCGCUUCGGCAAACGGGAGUUCAAAGCGGGCGGCGAGCUCCAGCCGGCCUCGGGCUCUCAGCCUCAGCAGCAAUACUAUCUCAAGAUCCACCUGGCGGACAAUAAGGGCCACACGGUGCGGUUCCAAAGCUUGGAGGACCUCAUUAGGGAGAAGCGCAGGAUCGACGCCAGUGGUAAACUGAGGGUGAUCCAAGAGCUGGCGAUCGUGGAUGAUGGCAAAGAAUAAAAAGCGCGAGUGGGUAGAAGGGACGCCGGCCGUGGCCCGAUCGGCAAGCACCACCCGUCCUCCCCGCGGACUCGCAGCGCCGCCUGGUUGCUCGGCUUCUUCCGCCUUUUCUCCUCCGGUCUUUCCCAUGGAGGGAAAAUCAUGGGCACAUUGCAAACGAAACCAGCGGCUGCCCUCCCCUUGGCCUCGGCCGGAGCUUGGUUCGCCUCCCGCGAACCGGGAUCGCCGUCACAAUGAUCCCGACCGCCCGGAGGAAGGGGUGGAAAGGGGUGGGGUCGGCCACGCGAUGAGCAAAUUAUGUGGACAAAGUCACUCCGUGUUCAUCAUACUUCCCAUCCUGCUUAAAUAAAAAAAAAAUG